AUGAAAUGGACGGACCGGACGAGCCUCGAGGAGGUUGUCUCAAUGCAAAUGGCUGAACCUGCUGGAAUACCGGUGCCCAAAGUCAUUAGUUGUGGUGAACACCUAAAUGCCCCUUUUAACCGAAGAUUUUCUAUCUUGAUGACCAGGCUGCCUGGUGUACCUCUUGAGAACUCGAGAGAUAAACUACAGGUUGAUGCUGAGGAGCCUUGGCUGGAUGAGUUGAAAUUAUGUAUUACCUCUAUGCGACUGUGGCGCCCUCCAGGAUCAGAGACUAUUUGCUCUCCUAUUGGAACCCACUUACGGAGUUCACGAGUUCCCGGGCACAUCAUGGGUCCUUUUUCCAGCCUAGAGGCUUUUUACAAGUAUCUUUUUUCUCCGGCUUCGGCUCACGCCUUCAAGUCCAAUACCGAAUAUCAAAAAGUUCUGUCUCGUGCACGAAGAUUACAGGAUUAUCAGCAUAGAACUGUGUUCACUCAUGGGGAUUUCAAAGCGCACAACAUUCUUGUCGAUGAUGAAGGACACUUAUCUGGGUUUCUUGACUGGGAAUCCGCAGGCUGGUAUCCCGGAUACUGGGAAUUCACAACAGCUAUGCGCUUUGGGAGAGAUAGCUGGUGGUUUCAAGUCGCUUCUUGGAUGGGCGGAGAUCAAUAUUGGGAUGAAUUGGACUCUGAUGUGGCUUUGAACCUCUUAACAGUCGACUCUUAUAUAGCACUUUAA